CUACUUAAUUAGCAAUGCCGAAGGAAUAAACAGGGCUGAACUAGUGCCGUUUGCACUUUCAAACUCUCUGUCAAGAUGGUUGAAUGCAAAAUAUGCGUCAUCUGCCAAUCACUCCCGUUAAUACGAGAUGGACAGUUUGGAGACGCUCCGAUUAUUUCUAUCCAGAAAUGAUUCCGGAGCCCGAUUACAGCGAGUCGUCUGAAGAGAUCUCUUCGGAAGAAGAGAACGCCAGUUCUGAUUCAGACGCUGCUGUCGAGAGGUUGCGAGACCUGGAAGAAGAAGACGAGAAGGAGGAAGAACUGAAGAGGAGAACAGCUUCGCUACGUCACAAGUCAGAUGAAGACCUCUACAAAGCUUCUACUUCCUUCCACCGACCGCAGAAGUCAUCACCAUCCUUAGAAGAUGAUCUCAUCAAACCCAAAAAGCCUUUCAAUCCAUAUUUAGAAUCCUCAGAAAGAUUGAAACUCCAUAAAGAACUCAAAUUUAGUCAAAAAUAUGGCAAAAGAGGAGUGAACCCGAAAUCAGAGUUGCAGAUGGCACUGGAAAAAUACGCAGAAAAUAAGUUAAAAAGGAGCCUUGCCUUAUCGAGACAAACUUCGUUGGAACAGAUCCUUGAACUGCAAGCCAAAAAAAUUGAGCAGCAAGAGCUAGAAGGAACGUCCAACAGAAGACCUUCCUGGAUCGAUCGUUUGCAUCAGCAGAAUGAUUCCUGGUUCGAUCCCAAAACAGACGAGUUCUAUCGCGUCCACGCGAGAGUGGUCAGCAAUGUCAUGGACAACUUAGAUUUGGGGUCGGAGGAAGGUGACCAGAGUCCCACGAAGACCUCCUCCGUUUCUUCCAAGACGAUAAAAACAUCUGAAUCAUCAGAUCAGGAUAUUAGCGACUGAAAGAGAUUUGAAUGUUGAGGAUGUUUACAACUAUGGUGAUAGAUUAUAAUUCUGAGCUAUUUAAAAAAGACUGUUGAUACAAAAUGUACAAAACUGUACUUCUAUAUUGUUACUUUUAUAAAGUGUUAUAUCGAAUAAAAG